GCUUAUUGGCCACACAAGGGUUUGAUGGAAGGACUAGCAAAGUUUACCUCCAGUCAGGCCUGACUCAUCCUGCUUAAGGUCAAACUGCCAGUAUGUUUGCAUUGGUAAUGGCCCAGAAAUGGGAAGUGAGCAUAUUUCCAUGCGCUUAUUAACCAGGAGGAUAUACAGACAACAGAACCACUCUGUGCAUGUGCAUUUGCUUGAGGUCUUUAAUGCUCGAUUUGUUAUGUAAAUGUUGACAAUUUCCUUGUUCAGUUCUGCACAUGACACCACGCCUUUAAACAAAGUGAGUUUUAGACGCAGACCGCCCUGGACAUUUCACCUCAAGAUCAACUAAAACAACGCGUCUCUAAUGUUGCUCACAUACAGAUUAUCCAGUCAUCCUCUGGUAGCUCUCAAAUGGACAUGAGUAUCCCAAUCCCCUCUGUGCUCUUUGGACUGGGGGGGAAAUGCAUCCUAAACUGGGCUCUGGUCUUCUUCCAAAAGGACCACAUCUGCAGGAGUUUUCUUUGUGUUUUUAGCCUCUCCGUGUCCAUCGUAGACACCGUUUUAACUCUUUUUGUAACUUUCAUUCAUCUACUUCAAGACAUCAACUUCCUAGGCUGGAGACUGACCCGUUACCACGUAUGUUUUCUGGUUCAAAUCCUUGGAUUCGUCUACAGCACGCAGCAUUUUGUCAUCCUCAUUGUGACAAUAUUAGAACAUCUCUUUAUAGUUUUGAGAAGAUUGCAACAUGGCAUGUGGAAGGCGACUUGGAUAUUUUAUUUAUUUUUAACACUUACAAUUUGGCUUUGCUCUGUGAUAUAUGUUUUAAAAUUUUCAAACAUCCACCCUUUUUUGGAAGAUGCAGCCCAUUUCCAAGCUGAUCAUUGUUGGAUAUCAAGUUUGUCUAUCAUAUCAGAAGUUGCAAUUUUUGUAGCUUUUUUACUUCUUGGUUUUAUAAUAUGGCAUUCUCUUAAAUACGCUGUACAACUUGCUAAAAACCCAAACUGCCUUAUAACUAUAAAAAUCCAGAUUCAUAUGAGGUUAAUCUUUAUUUACAAAGUUGUAUGGAUAUUUUUGGACACGUGGGUGCUCUUUGUAAUAUUCCUGUUGCUCCAUGUUGUUUUGCCACUGGACAUGCCUUCAGUUUUGGCUCUGAAUUGCGCCUGGUUUUGCUUCUUAAACAGUCUUUUAAUAGCACUAGCAUUAUGUAUAGUCUAUCCCAGCUUUGAGUUAGCGCAGGGCUUGGCAGCAGUUCCUCCUGAUAGCUUCUGUGAGUGGAAGAAAAAAUUCCAGUCCACAAGAAACAUAAUAUAACCAAACCAGAAAGAAGAAGCAUUUGACAAAUCAGGGGCAGUUUACAUAUGAUACAUUCUCCAAAAAACGGUAUUCAUGUAACAGUAUUCAAAAAACACUUCAUGCUACUAACACAUUAAACCUAAAGAUAAGUAAUCCUAGGUCUGUCACGAUAAUUAUUGUAUCAAUCUACAUUUUUAAGAUACAAUACACAAUACUUUUUGGGUUCAAUAUGUGUCGUCUGUGCACCAACAAAUGAUACAUAUUAAGCCUGCCCUGCAGAAGGUCGAUAAUUGCAUAUCUGUGAUUCUAUACUGAUAAUUAAAACUCUCCUGACUAAAUAAUAUCUUUUUAAAUGAAUCAUAUUGUAGAAUAUCAUGCAUUAAUAGAGAUGUUAUUACUUGACCUGCUUUAGCUCAAAUUUUUACAGGCAACAAAAACUAAAAAGUUUUCCCACUAGUUCAAAUAAAUAUUAAUGGUGCACUUUGAUUUUGGAAUGAUGUUUCAGAGUACGGCAUUAAACUUAUUUGUCAGCAGGUGGUUUUAUUGCUUUGAUAAACAUGCAUUUUUAUUGUGAGCGGUCUCGCCUCUGCAUAGGUUACAUAUAGAUCUCUAUGAUGAGCAAAUAGAGUGUUAAAUAGUUACUAAGCCUGUAUCAUUCUUAAUUA